AUGGGCGCCCCGCGACCCGCCUGCACAAAGCCGCGUCCCCGCGUCCCCGCGUCCCCGCCGCCGCCUAGGGCCGCCGCAUGUGAUGUUUGUUUCGAGCUCUCUCCUUGCGCACGGUUAAAGUCGCGGCAGCAGAAUUAUCGGAAGAUUCCUGCAGGGGAAAGGAGAGACAAGUCAGCUUGGGCGCCGGCGGAGCCCCGACUCGCGGCACCUGGGGAAGGAAAACACGCCCCGACACACUCGCCUCUGCGGGCGCCAAAAAUAACCCGCGCGGGCCGAGCGCCCACCCCGGGGCAACCCGCGCCCACCUCAGGGGCUCCAGGCACCCACCCCGAGGUAACGGGGCGCCCACGUCAGGGACUCGGGGCGCGCUCCCCCGGGGCUCAGAGCAACCACCCCGGGGGUCUGAGCACCCGCCACGCAGGAAAGGGCGCCCACCUCCGGCGCAGGGCUGGGGGAAGUGGCGGCCGCCCGGACGCUCUCCGGACUCUCGGAGGCGGCUCCCGAGGGUCUCCUGGCCCCGGGCGGGGAGCGACGCGCGGGUCUCUCCGGACCCUAACUCCCCGGAGGCCGCCGCGUGCCGAGCCCUGUCACGUACCCUCAGGGCCCGGGCUGAGGCCCGCGGCGCCGAGAGGAAGCGCACGGCGGGCAGGGGUGGCCGGGUAUGACAGUCGCCGUGCCGCCCCGGGGCAGCUCCCGGAGGGGGCAGCCCAGACCCACCCCGCCCGCCGGCGGUUGUCUCCUCCAGAGCUCGGCGCUGCCCCCUACAGGCCGCAUGGUCCCUCCUCGGUCGCCCCCUGACCCACUGCGAGUCGUCCGGCUCCUGCUCGAGGUUGCCGCCGUCGCGGCGGUUGUCACCGAGGCCGGGUCGCCGGCCCGCAGAGACCUCAUAGUCCAGCGGAUGGGAGCCCCAAGUCCUGCCUAUCCCUCGCCUCCCCCAAGCUGCUGCAACUGUCAGUUAUCCGCCUGGAACCCCGAGGGGCAACUACCGAGCAGGCCGCGGGGCCCAGAACAAGGGUCCCGGGGCUCAGGAUCUCGGCCGCUGGGCCUCACCUCGGCUCCCGCCCCGCGCGCGGAACUCGUUUCCCUCCCACCCAGCUCGGGAAAAGGCCAGGCGGACGCUCCUCUCCUGACUUCCCCAGCGGGUCAGACCCAUUUCACACAGAGAACAAUUCCAUUCCCUUGGGCCCCUGAUUGAUUCAACUAGUUACAAGGAUGCUGAGGCAGGGGUGAGGGGUGGGGCGGCUGGCAGGCUGUGAGAGGCAGAGGACAUCAGCAGGACCUAUUUCGUGCCCUCUGAGUCUCCACACAGAGAUUUAUCACUGUGACCUUCCCGAUUCCCCUGCCAGGGAUGCCGGCUGCCCCUGCCGCCUGCGGGGGCCCAGCCUAAGUCAGGCUCAUCUUUUGGGACAGGAUUCCACUUGCAGCGCUGCAGCCAGCUCCUUCUCUGGGCCUCCCGCAGCCACUUAAGGCAGAGUGACUGACCUAAAAGUCCACGCUGAUCGUGUGGCUUCCGCUCGCAAAUAUCUCCCCUGGAUCUCCCUCCCUGGAGCCAGACAAGACCCAAACCUCCGAGGCGAAUGCAGUCCCCGCAGGGCGCGAAGGAGAAACUGAUAGUCCGCAAGGGGGUUAACUUAAAGACCUUGCUUUCAUUAGCACAGUGUUGUAAGAGACUGCCAAGGAGCCUCUGAGGAAAUGGGCUUUACGUACAUAUACAUACUCGCCCUUGCCCCUGAAGCAACAUCAAAUACUUUCAUGUUAUUCUUGGGGGCGUUUUAAUUCUUCAGAUCUUCUGGAUUCGUGUUUUUGUAACCCAUCAGACAAGCUUUUGUACAUCACCUUCCAGCCUAGGCCUACACACUAACAAAUAGUUUUACAUCGAAGGACAAUGCUUUAGUGUUGUAUUAAGUCUCAUCUCUUUUCUUUCUUUUUUCUAGUUGUGUUCCAAAAUGUUUUUUCUAUCUUGUGAUAGUUUUGCAGAAAAAAAAAUUGAAAUAACUCAAAUCAGGUUCUUAAUCUGCUUUAUUAAAUUUAUAGUCAUAAUAGCCUGUGAGUAUGUUUUGGGGGAGGAAAAAAUGAUGCUGGGAUCUUUAUUCUUCAAGUUCUCUAAUUUUGAUAUUUUGAAUAAACACACAGAGGUGUCUCUGCCUUUUC